AUGGACAACUUCGGGAAACUUCCUCCCGAGGCCACGUUGCCCGCCCCCCCGCGCCUCCCCGCCCCCCGGCGGGGUUCAGGGCGCGCACGCAGCCGGCGCGCUCGGCCGCGCGGGGGCCCCGGAGCCGGGCUGCAGGCGGGCGAGCGCGGCGGGCGGCGCGGGGGUGGCGGGGCUCUCAGGGGCGCCGGCCUCGGGGGGCGCGCUCAGCAUAGCGGGCUGGUCUCCCCAGAGCGGAAGUUUGCUUCUCUCUCAACUUUGCAGGCGGCAUCUAGCGGCGCGGCCCGGAGGCUCUCCGUCCUUCCCGGGGAGCCCCCCUUCCCCCCACAUACCCACCUCUGCUGCACGUCCAGCGGGUUAGCAAACUUUGAGGGUCCCGCGGCCCCGCGCGCCCAUGUCCGCACCGGCUGCGGGGCUCGGCCACCCGGGGCUGCCGCCUGCGCCCGAGCGCGGAGCCUCCCGCCGGCCCGCGGAGGGAGGAAGGGAGCGAGGGAGACCCGCGGCUCUGCGCUCCGCGGCGCAGGCGGCCCCGGCAGGCUCGGGGGGCGCGGCGCCUCCUCCGGCUCCCGCUCCCGCUCCCGGGGGUGGGGGGCGCUCGCCGCCGCCGCCGCCGCCGCCUCUGCGCCUCCGGGGCCGCGUCGCUGUCUCUGUGGCCGCCGCGCCGCUCGCGGCUUCCCGGGCUCGGCGUCCGGAGAGGAGCCGCUCUCGCCUGCGCCGAGCCGGAGCUGCGGGGGCAGCGUGAGCCGGGGACGAGCGCGGCGGAGGCGGAGACGCGGAGAGAGGGGGGCCGAGCGCUACCCGGUGGCCGCGACUGGAGAGCAGCCUGCGCGGGGAGGGGGCGGCGGCGGCGGCCUGGAGCCAGGCCCGGGAGCGAGCCCCGCACAGACACGGCUCGCCUGCGCCUCCGAGACCCGCGGGAGGGCAGCAGUGCCAACGUUGUGCGUGCACUGGAGAGACAUCAAGUUGCAGGUGCUGCCAUGAUGCCAUCCUGAUUUCCCUGGGUGGACCACCUCACCAAAGUGUCCCGAAAUCUCACCUCUCCAGAGCCCUACCCCACUAGGGAAAGACAAAAACCGGCUGGGGGUGUGGAUCCAUCUGCCAACGUCCAUGCUCAGCGGAGAGGCAAUUAUAGAAGCCAAACCUUCCACCUUCUGCAUCCCAUAAAGAAUUUUGAUCUAUACUCCCAGAGGGAGAAAGAACAGGAAAGUUUCGAAUGGAGGGGAUGGGACACAGAACUCUGGUGGUGAGAACUGUGUGGAAUUGUGCCCCUGUUAUCUUACAGUCUUGUUAUUACUAAAUCACUAAUAAAAUUGAUUUACAAGGG